CGAUACACAAACAGCCAACGACGAAGCCGGAGGAACACACGUGUGGCACAGUGUCAACAUGGGCAAGAAGAGGCAGAGUAAUCAACUCUUCACAAAUUUAUCCAAAAAACAAAAGAAACACCUUAAGGAAUUUGGAGAGGAGCAUCCAUUUCAUGACGCAGACAAUGAAAAACCUGAAAGAACUGAAAUAGUGGAACUGACAGCAAGCCCAGAACAAUCUGACGCUGAGGCCGAUGAGCUAGGAGAGGAGGACGAGGAACCAGAGCAGAAAACAGCCUAUCAGAAACUCCUUUCAACUCUCAGCCAACCUGAUGGACGCGAACACAGUGAAGAGGAGGAAAGCAGCAAUGAUGAAGAAGAGGAGGGCGAAGAGCUUCUUGAUGAAGCAGAGGCCAGUGAUGGAAAUGGAGAUGACAGUGAAGAUGGGGAUGAAGAUGAAGGGGAAGAGGAGGAACUUGUGGCUGCAGAUGAAACACUGACUGAAGCGGUAGAGGGGGAAGAGGAAAAGGAGAAAGGAGAUGGAGAGUUCGUGGAUAAGGAGCAUGAGUCCCAGUUCUGUCUGGAGAGGAACUUCAUAGGUGAAGGAGAACAAGAGGACACUGACGACACCGAAGAGCAAGAAGACGGCAACGACAUGUUUUUACAGCAUUUGGACACAGAGCUUAGUGAAGAGGACGUGCAGAAAAUAACAUCUGGCAGCAAAGCAAAGGCGCAGAUCACGUGGCCGAAAUUGGGCACUCUGCUCUGCACCAAUCCCCUGGAGAAGUUUGGACCCCUUGGCCCUCAGAAAGACACAAACCUCCCAGUUUUCCACAAGCUCUUGGAGUCCAACUGGAAGGAUCUAAACCAAACCUCCAAUCCUAAGGGGGGGACUGAAGACAUCAGCCCCCUCCAGCUAGAGCUGCUGGCCCUCAUGGGCUCCUACAAGGACCUAUUCUACCCGGAGACCUGUCCCCUGAACAAGGGCCCUCAGGUGCGCAGUGCAUACUGUGUACACGUGCUCAACCACGUGCUGAAGGCCAACUCCCACGUCCUAGCUCACAACGCCCAGCUAAGGGAGCCGAAAACUCAGCCUAAACCCGGAGCUGAGCCAAAGGACGAACCCAGAGACCAAGGUCUGACCCGGCCCAAGGUGCUGAUUCUCGUGCCGUUCCGAGGCGGAGCUCUGCAGGUCGUGCAGACGCUCAUCAGCCUGCUGGAGACCAAAGGCAAGAGGAUCGUGGUCAGCAACAAGAAGAGGUUCAAGGACGAGUUUGGGGAGGAUGCGGACGACCAGCCACCCAGUUUGCAAAGACCGGAUGAUUACCACGCCAUCUUCUCUGGCAACGUCGAUGAUCACUUUAGGAUAGGUGUUUCCAUCGUGAGGAGCAGUGUGCGUCUAUACGCCCCCUUCUACUCGUCGGACAUCAUCAUUGCCUCUCCCCUGGGCCUGCGCACCGUGCUGGGAGCUGAAGGAGAAAGUAAGAGAGACUUUGACUACCUCUCCUCCGUUGAGCUGCUGGUGGUGGACCAGGCAGAUGUCUUCCUCAUGCAGAACUGGGAGCACGUCCUGCAAGUGAUGAAGCACAUGAACCUGCAGCCGCUGGACUCCCACGGAGUGGACUUCUCCAGGGUGAGGAUGUGGAACCUGAACAACUGGGCCCAACACUACAGGCAGACGCUGGUGUUCAGCUCCAUCCAGGAGCCACAGAUCAACAACAUCCUCACCAAACACUGUGCCAACUAUCGUGGACAGAUUUCAACUAAGAACAUGCCAAAAACUGGUUCCAUUUGUCAGGUGCUGGUUCAGCUGCCUCAUGUGUUUCAAAUGUUCUCCUCUGACAGCUUCAUGGACCACGAUGAUCGGUUUCAGGCGUUCGUAGAUAAAGUGCUGCCUCAGUACAGGGACUCCAUCAUGUCCCACACUUUGAUCUACAUCCCGUCUUACUUUGACUACGUCCGACUGCGCAACUACAUGAAGAAAGAGGAGAUGAACUUUGCCAGCAUCUGCGAGUACUCCAGCAAAUCCGAGGUGUCCCGAGCUAGGCACUUCUUCCAGAAAGGGGAAACGCAGUUUGUGCUCUUCACUGAACGCUUCCACUUCUACAAGAGGUACACUAUCAAAGGGAUCCGGAACCUGAUAUUUUAUGGAUUGCCUUCCUUCCCCCACUUCUACAGCGAGGUGUGCAACAUGCUGUCGGCGGGGGUUCAGGGGGAAGAGGCCAGCUGGACCUGCACCGCCCUCUACUCCCGCUACGACGCCCACAAACUGGCCGCCAUCAGCGGCGCGCAGCGAGCCGGACAGAUGCUCCACUCCAACAAGACUGUUCACCUCUUUAUUACAGGAGGGGAUGAUAAAGCCUCCUGAUGGAGCUGGACAGGGAGAAAGAAAGAAGGGAUCAUUGGGCUAAAAACCACAGUAGAUCUCUGCUGUGCAUAUGAUAUCUUAUUAGGUCUCUACCAUUACACUAGGGCCCCAUGUAUAGCUGGCAAAAUGUGUCUUGAGUCAACACUUCUGAUCAGAUCUCACCGUCCCACUCUAAAUGCAAAUAAACACAUACAUCAUUUCUGUUUGCAAAGACCAACCAUGUUGUUGUUUUUAACACCUCCCACGCUUAGCCUGCUGGAAAUGAAGGAGAAGAAAUUGAAACAAUAUAGAGAGACAGGGUCUGUUCCACGGAAAAUAAAUUCCCUAGGAUGUUUGACACACUCCUGACACAUCUCUAUGGACUUUCAAAAUGUUCAGAUGUUGUUGACUAAGCCAGGUUAUGCUCUUUGUGCGACUUGUUUUCGUAUGUGGCCAUCAUCAUACACACUGUCCAAAGAGUUCGACCACGCAGACCACCUACGAACGUGGUCUGAGUGAUCGGAUCUCAUUGCAAUCCUAUACCUGCACUUCAUGUGUCCACGUGAUUGGGUGUCAGGUCUGAUCAGGGUCCGGGACGACCCUGUGUUAGCUGCUGGCUGCAGGUCUGUAAUAGCGCUUUGCUGUGUGAUGCAUCAAACAGCAAAGUAGAUCAGAAAAGUGCCGCCCGCGGAAAAGAUGCCAAUAAGGGCAUUCUUUUCCUUAUUUUUUGACAUUAACACGGAAGUGCAUCAGGAUAUUCCAGCAACCUCAAGCCACAAAGUGACAAGAUCAUCAACAUGCUGUGCUGGUUUGUAAAGUAGGUUAAAGGGAUCGCUGUGAUAAGAUGUUGUAAAGACACCACUCACUAGUUAGACGUGUGGUACUUGUACCACCUGUUCUGUAAGUGCUGAAAUACUCAUAUAAUGAAUCAUCCAUUUUUAUGGUGUGUUUUUUUAUGGAAGUGUACCCAAUAUAAAGUUGUUUGAAAUUAA